GAAAAAGUUUGAACGAAACGGACGGAACGCAGCUGACGCAUUUGGAAAAAAGUGCUAACUAUCCCUUGUUUUAUUUUGCCGGCAUUUUGGCAGCAGUGACCAAAAAAACCAAAUAGAAGUGACCAAAAAACUAAAAAUAAAAGGAAAAACCGGUUGCAAAACACGUAAUUUUAUUUUCGCCGUUUGUCUAUUGCCGAUCCAGCAACAGCCCCACCAAGUUUGGGCUCAAGGACGUAGCGCUAUCGUAUCGGAUUGAAGGAGCAGGAGAACUAGGAGCACGAAACAGGAGCAGGAGCAUGUCGGAGCGCAGGAGUCAUACACAGAUGGCGCCGCCACCACCGCCCCCCAAGCCAAAUAAAUCGCAGACAGCGGCAAAUGGAAAUGGAAAUGGCAACGGUAACGGAAUCCUGCCGAAUGGCAAUAACAGCUACACAAAAAUUGUCGCAGGCCAAGACCAGGAACCGGGCAAACUGACUCAGAACUCUGGCGGCAACCAGAGAAGCCAGUCGCCACCACGGACAGAGCAGGUCGUGAUGACACCCAGAGGCAAGACCGCCAACAGUACGGUGAUCCUCAUCGAAAGGAAGCUAAUUGAUGAGAUCAAUGAUCGGGUUCAUGUGGCCGGCGGCGAUCACACUGGAAUCAUUAUCAAUAAGGACACAGUUGCGGGCCAAAAGAGUGGCACCAAGGCGGCAGCAUUGUCCUUAGAGUUUCGAGUCUUUCUGGUCAGCGCCAAUACGGGCAAACAUUCGCAGGAGUCACGAACACUGAGAUUCUGGUUCCGCGAUUGGCUGACCAACGAUGAGAAGCAGGCACACAUUGCUCAGGACUUUUUCAAAGAGCUUGUGAGUCCGCAGGACUUUCCCAGAGACUAUGUGGGUUUUAUCAAGAAGAUCAUGAAGCUGAUGCAGCAUGGCUAUUCGGAGAUCCAGUCUAUUGAAAUUGAGCUACGCAUCCUGGAGGAGACCUCGGCACCCCCCUCGCGACCACCCCGGGAUGGUUACAUUAUCUACUGCUAUGGCGACUGCAACCGGAAGUUCGAGGAGGCGCUAAUGGCGCAGCGGAAGACAGUUUCCCUGGAAGAAUCCCAGUUCGAAUCUCCGCCAUUGACACAGGAGAAGGUGCUGGAGCUCAUCGAACAGGCCUAUCCCAAUCCCGUUUCGCCCGAGGAUCUGGCCAAGGACUAUGGCUGGAGCGAGCAGGAUGUCCUGCUGGUGAUCCAAUCGCUGCAGGAGCGUGGCCUGAUCAAAUCAAUGGAAUACAAUGCGUACACCCGCAUCCACCACGAGGACAAGGAGAUCAAGGUGGUCAAGCAGAUGCCCACGAUUGCCUCCAACAAGCAACCCACCAUUGCCAUCAUAACGGCUCAGUAUUGCGAGAAGCUGGCCGUGGAUGCGAUGCUCGAGAACAAAGAGACGUUUGUUCGAUACACAACAGUCGAUUCCGAUCCCAAUCUAACGAACUCACUAAGAAAGUCCAAAAAGAAACGAAGAUUCGGCGAAUCGAACGUUUACACUUUGGGCAACAUUGGGGCCCACAGGAUUGUGAGCACCAAGCUGCCAUCGGUGGGCAGCACACGGGAGGCAAUGACAGCAACGGGCAACACCACAACCCGUCUGCUGGGCACAUUCCAAAAGGUGGACUUUGUUUUCAUUGUGGGCGUGGCCGGCGGCGUGCCGCACUACACGGAUUACAAAAAGCAUGUGCGACUAGGCGAUGUAGUGAUCUCGUAUGUGGACAAGCAGCGGGCAUUGAUUAGCAAUAGCAAGGAGAAGCCUUACGUUUACGUUUACAAGAGCGGCGAGGAUGUAAAGACCUAUUUCCCCAUCAACGAUUCACUGCAACUGAUUGCCGAGAGCCUGCAGGCCAACAUGCUGGUGAAGCGGCCUUGGGAGACCUACUUGAGCCAGGCCCAACAGACGCUCGCCCAGAAAACAGAGAGCGACUUCAAUCGGCCGGACGCCAGGACGGACAAGCUGUUCAUGAAUAUUGGCAACAAUGAGGUGAUCGAGGUGGCCCAUCCCAUAGCGGCGGAUGAAGUGGACGGUGUACCACGAUUGCGCCUACACCUGGGCCCCAUUGGCUCCGGCAGGGAUCUGGUACGCAGCGAUGAGCUGCGCACCGAUUUUGCCCGAAAGUAUGGCCUGCUGGCCACCGAUGUGGAAAUGAGCAGUGUGCUCGACAGCAUCAUCGGUAACUGCAGGGAGAGCUUCAUUCUGGUUAAGGGCAUUGCUGACUACAAGGACGGCAUGUCCACCCGGAAGUGGCAGAAUUUUGCGGCUCUGUCGGCGGCCUCCGUUGUCAAGUCGGUCAUCUGUGGCAUGGAUGCGCCCACGAAUGUGUAGGCAGAGGGAUCAAGAGACGAUCUCUGCCUUUUUUUUCCUAGCAUUUGAUUUUAUGUCCUUGAUUUAUCUAAAACCCCUAACCUGCAGAUGUCUGUCGAGGAGGAGGAUGAGGCGGAGCAGUGGGGGCUAGGGUCUUGGGGAGGCCAUUCUUCGUAAACCAAAAUGUGCAGGGUUUAAUAUGGCCAAGGGUUUCGGGCAGGCUAUAAACGAGAUUCAAAGUAAAGGUUGAGAGUUGAGUCUUCACCAUUUCGGAACCUUUUGGAAAUAUAAAACGUGCACUAAACUUCAGCAAACUUGAUGUACAUACAAACAUAUAUAUUGUAUUUUCGCGUAUUAUUGUAUUUAAAAUGAUUUCUUGUUAUUUAUUUUGUUAUAACUUUUUUACUACAAACUAUUUCAUUUAAACACAAACACAUGACGUAUAUAUGUAGACCCAUAUACAACAGCAAAUAAAUAAAUAAAGCAACUAAGUUUGCAAAAACUAAA